AUGGCACAAGAUACCAUUAUCGGCGAUGACGAGGAUGUUGGCAUCAUUGACAUUGACGAGAUCCAAGCCCACGGUAUAGGCGCCACGGAUAUCGCGAAGUUGAAGGCGAAUAAUAUCCACACUGUCGCUAGUCUGGUUUCGUGUACCACCAAACGACUUCUUAAGAUUAAGGGCUUUUCUGAUAUCAAGGUUGAGAAGAUUAAGGAGGCGGCGAAGAAGAUGGCUCCUACGACGACGGGGUUUAUCACUGCGGCUGAACUGGGACAGGUGAGGAAGAGAUGUAUUCGCAUUUCGACGGGGAGUAAACAGCUUGAUGCUUGUUUGAAUGGGGGAUUUCAGACUAUGAGUAUUAGUGAGGUUUAUGGGGAGUUUAGAUGUGGCAAGACUCAACUUGCGCAUACUAUGGCUGUUAUUGCUCAGCUUCCAAAGGAAAUGGGUGGUGCUGAAGGAAAAGUCGCAUACAUUGACACAGAAGGAACCUUCCGACCAGAACGAAUCAUGGAAAUCGCAGAACGUUUCGGAGUCGAUCCAGAUCAAGCCUGCGAGAACAUAGCCUACGCGCGUGCCCAGAACAGCGAAAUGCAAACCGAACUCCUCGAAUCCCUGGCCGCAAACUUCGCCACAAACGAAUAUCGUCUCCUUAUCAUCGACUCCGUCAUGGCACUCUACCGAACUGACUACUCAGGCCGCGGCGAACUCUCGGAGCGUCAACAGGUUCUUGGAUCCUUCUUGAGAAGAGCAACGCAAAUGGCGGAGGAGUUUAAUUUGGCUGUUCUCAUGACUAACCAAGUAAUGUCCGACCCCGGCGCCUCUGCUCUUUUCGCCGGCGCAGACGGCAGGAAACCUGUUGGCGGACAUAUUCUUGCACAUGCUUCUACUACGAGACUUCUGUUACGGAAGGGCAGGGGCGAGGAGAGGGUUGCUAAGAUUGUGGAUUCGCCUGAUUGUCCAGAGAGAGAAGCUACGUAUAUCAUUACGACGGGUGGGAUUAAUGAUCCUGAGAAAGCUUGA